CAGCGCAGCUUUGACACUCGUGAACACAGCCGUCAGAAUCGAGGACAUGGGACCGUGAAAGUAUGGCGGAUGCCGAGGAGCCGGAGAAGAAAAGAAGGCGAAUAGAGGACCUGACUGAGAAAAUGGCUGUAGAUGGUGGACACAGGGACAGCGGUUGCGACUGGGAUGGCCGAUGGAAUCAUGUGAGGAAGUUUUUGGAGAGACCUGGCCCAUUCACCCAUCCUGACUUUGAGCCAAGCACUGAGUCUCUUCAGUUUUUGUUGGAGACAUGCAAGAUUCUGGUCAUUGGUGCAGGAGGACUUGGAUGUGAACUACUCAAAAAUCUGGCCCUUUCUGGGUUUCGCCUUAUUCAUGUGGUUGACAUGGACACUAUCGAUGUGUCCAACCUCAACAGGCAGUUUCUUUUCAGGCCCAAAGAUGUUGGACGACCAAAGGCAGAAGUGGCUGCUGACUUUAUCAACAGUCGUAUACCUGGAUGUAAAGUUGUCCCUCACUUUAAAAAGAUCCAAGACUUUGAUGAGUCUUUCUACAGGCAGUUCCACAUCAUUGUCUGUGGACUGGACUCCAUCAUUGCCAGACGCUGGAUGAAUGGGAUGUUGAUAUCCCUCCUGAGCUAUGAAGAUGGAGUCCUGGAUCCCAGCUCCAUCAUCCCCCUCAUUGACGGAGGAACAGAGGGUUUUAAAGGAAACGCUCGUGUCAUUCUCCCCGGCAUGACUGCAUGCAUCGACUGCACGCUGGAGCUGUACCCACCACAGAUUAAUUUCCCCAUGUGCACCAUUGCAUCAAUGCCAAGACUACCAGAACAUUGUAUUGAAUAUGCCAGAAUCUUACAGUGGCCAAAAGAAAAGCCAUUUGGAGAUACCAGCUUAGAUGGGGACAAUCCAGAGCACAUCCAGUGGGUGUUUGACAGAGCCCAGGAGAGAGCUGCCGAGUUCAACAUCACAGGAGUGACAUACAGACUCACUCAAGGAGUCGUGAAGAGGAUCAUUCCUGCUGUGGCAUCAACUAAUGCUGUUAUUGCUGCUGCUUGUGCCACUGAAGUUUUUAAAAUUGCUACAAGUGCAUAUAUUCCUUUAAAUAAUUACUUGGUCUUUAAUGAUGUGGAUGGACUGUACACCUACACUUUUGAGGCUGAGAGAAAGGAAAAUUGCUCAGCAUGCAGCCAGGUGCCUCAAGAUCUCCAGUUCCCUCCCUCUGCCAAGUUACAAGAGGUUUUAGAGUACCUGACAGAGAAUGCCUCUCUGCAAAUGAAAUCCCCAGCUAUCACCACAACUCUGGAAGGGAAGAAUAAGACGCUGUAUUUGCAGUCUGUUAAAUCCAUAGAGGAGAGAACCAGGCCAAACCUCUGCAAGACUUUGAAAGAGCUGGGCUUGUCGGAUGGACAGGAACUGGCUGUGGCAGAUGUCACCACGCCCCAGACGGUUCUCUUCAAGCUCAAUUUCACUGCCUGAACCUCCAUUACAACACACAGCACUGAUAUCAGAUUGACUGCAGCUGAAUGCAAACUAGGUGUUACAUCUCAAGGUUGCUGUGAUGUUGCAGUAGCAGAUUUUAUAUGAUGAUGUAAAUGAAUACGGUCUCACUUGUGGAAUAGGAUUGGUUGUUGUAUGAACAUGAAAUCAGUUAACAACAUUGUUUUUUUUGUAUUGGUUAUGUUGUUUACUUUGUGUAUUUGUCCUGUGUUGGCUUAUAUUGUCGCUAUUUACCUGUAAGUCAAAUGAGAAUAAUGAUGUGCACUAUGUUCUAAUAAAAUUUUCUUAUCAUGGUCGUAGACAAAA